AUGAAAAGUAACCCCUCGGCGGAGAUUUCCACACCGGACUCAAGCCGGUGGACAACCCCAGCGGUGACCCCCAGCCAGGCUUGGACUGAGAGAAGGGAGAGUGCUGCAAAGGGAACGGCGAUCGAUUCUGAUGAUGAUAAAAUGACUGAGGAAUGUCUACGUUCUGAGUACCCGGUGAUUCUGGUUUCGAAAGAAGAAAAGGAAAGACUGCGUAGGCCCUGGAGAAGGUCGCUCAUCAUCAAGCUUUUGGGUAGAACAGUGGGUUAUAAUUUCUUGCUACAAAGACUUCAGCGGAUGUGGAGAACUGAUGCAUCCUUCGAUCUAAUCUCUCUGGACCAAGAUUAUUUUCUGGUAAGAUUUGAAAACCUAAAAGACUAUGAAUCUGUGAAAUUUGGAGGUCCAUAUAUGGUGUUUGGUCAUUAUCUUGUCUCUCAGGAAUGGGUACCAAAUUUUGUCCCAAAGAACAACAAAGUGCGCAAGAUGCUAGUCUGGAUUAGAUUCCCAGCCCUACCCAUUGAAUACUUCGAUGAUAUAUUCUUGAAGAGGAUUGGAACGCAAAUCGGACGGCCUAUUAAAGUUGAUACUACCACCAGCUUGGCCUCCAAAGGCAGAUUCGCAAGGGUAUGCGUUGAAGUAGACAUCACAAAGCCACUCGUCUCUAAAUUUGUCUUGGACUUUCAAGAAUGA